CAUGGAGCCUGGGAGCCUGUGCGCGCUGACGUCAUGCGUUGACGCCAUAGUCUUAGCGCCUGUCUCCGAUCUUCUGGCAUGACAGAGUCCCAUCGCAGGAGUGGUGGGGAGGUGCUUUUUUCCGCGUCAGUUCGAUUUUUUUUUUUUCUUUGAAGCCGUGGUGGUAUAAAAGCCGGAAUCUGGAAAGAAGCCGUCACCCCUAGCUCUCUUUCCUCCAAGUUUGAGACUCCUGGGUUCAAGAUGGACAAAGUCUGUGCUAUUUUUGGAGGUUCGCGGGGCCUUGGCAGGGCAGUGGCUCAGUUAAUGGCCCAGAAAGGCUACCGACUGGCCAUCAUCGCCAGAAAUUUGGAAGUGGCCAAAGCCGCCGCCGGUGACCUCGGCGGUGGUCAUUUGGCAUUUAGCUGUGAUGUUACCAAAGAACAAGACGUUCAAAAUACUUUUGAAGAGAUGGAGAAAAAUUUAGGUCCUGUUAGUUUUUUGGUAAAUGCAGCUGGAAUUAACAGGGAUAGCCUUUUAGUAAGAACAAAAACUGAAGAUAUGCUAUCUCAGCUUCAUACUAACCUUUUGGGUCCCAUGCUGACCUGUAAAGCUGCCAUGAAAACUAUGAUUCAACAACAGAGAGGUUCUAUUGUUAAUAUAGGAAGUAUUGUUGGUUUAAAAGGCAAUGCCGGCCAGUCUGCGUACAGUGCCAGUAAAGGAGGAUUAGUUGGAUUUUCACGUGCUCUUGCGAAAGAAGUAGCAAGAAAGAAAAUUAAAGUGAAUGUAGUUGCACCAGAGAGAGACGGACGGCUAUCAAAAGAAACUUCAACAGAAGGUGGCACUAUAACGAGCAGAUAAAACAGGAACGAUGCCAUGAAUAGGAAAAGCUAUGCUCUUCACUUCAAACCUUUUUAAACUAAAAGACAAAAACCCCAAAUCUUCCUUAUCCAUAGGUAUUUAAUCUCUACACUCAAGCUUUCAUAAUUUCAAAGCACUGAAAAGAAUUGAAGCUGCUGGCAAGAAGUAAAAAAACAAGAUUUUGAUGUGUUACCAAGUAUCAUUAGCCAUGGGAACAUCAGCAAAAAUCUUCUAAAUUUCUUCCUGUGUCUUCUGUUCACUCUGGAUAAUUAUCCAAAAAAGUGAUUACACUUAAAUUCAUGAAAUAACAGAGCAAGAAACACUUUCUGGGGACCUGGAAAGUAUAAAGAUAAGAUAUUUCUAUAUGCUGAAUCUGUGCAGAGCAUCAAAGAUUCUAACACCAAAGAACUCCAUGAAGUCCUAUGGAACUUAUUCUGAGUUUUUUAAAAGCAGCCAUGCCACUGCUGGGAUUCACCAGGACACCAAAGUUCCAGAUGUCUGUGUGGUUUGGGUAGCCUGUCCAGCACAUGUGCUCCUGUGCUCAUGUAUUUAGAACUGGCCCAAGAAUAGAACUCAUAAAAACCACCCCACCAGCUUUAAAACCCGUCAUCCAGCACUCUAAUUCUAAACCCACAAACGUUCCUUUCUGAUCUUUCUGCCAUUACCAUCUCCUACUUAUUUCCUAGCUAUGGAAAAAUGCACCUAUUUUUGGAGUGUUUAUCAUCACCAUUCAACUGACCUGUGCACCUGGACUGGGAGUGAUCUGUGUGGCCUUCCUAAAAGGCACUGCACCCUAAUCUGGGUCACCCUGGGCUCAUAAAGACCAGAGUCACCACUGUUAAUUUUAAGGCAGGGGUCCCCAACCCCCAGCCAUGAAGCUUCAUCUGUGUUUGCAGCCACUCCCCCAGAACCAGCAUCACCGCCUUAGCUCCACCUCAGAUAAUCAGGCAUUAGAUUCUCAUAGGAGUACCAGUCCCUGCUGCCAAAAAACGUUGGGGACCGUUGUUUUAAGGUACUUUAAGCUUGGCUUGGCAUCAGCAAAUAGCUAUGUAAUGGCUCUGGCGAGGCUGCUACAAACAUAUCAUGCCUUGUAUGUGAUGUGAGGAUUCCUCUGCCCAGGGUUAGGGAGUGGCUCCUGAGAAGCCAGUCUUCAAAGGAGCCAGGGCAGGAAAGCACAGACCACUACACUGGUUCUAACUUUUUUCAUGGGGUUAAGCAUACUCGUUUGGGCAUUUAAAAAACCCAUCAAGUUUGCUAACCCAAGUGGGCUCAAAGCUGCUGAGAUGCUACUUUUAAUAAUAAGUAACAGUUCAAGAAAUUAUUUAUGUGGCAUUUCACAAGAAACAAAACUAGUGUUUUGACUACUAGUGUAUCUUGCAAUGAACUUUGCGAGGGUUCCCCCCACCCGCAGCAUGCACUGGGUGAGGAAUACAAUAUGCAAGGAAUUGGAGAGGUGGGGAAAGGGAGAGCAAAGCAGUAAUUUUUCAUCGUCAAGUGUCUGACUUAAUUUUUGUGCGAAUCAUCGUUUAAAAAAUACUUGAGUUAAAUGGACCUGACAUUGGUUCUGAGAUGAUGAGAUGCACAAUUCCAAGUUGUUUUCUCCGUCCUCAUUUUUUUAAAUAAAAGUUGAUUUUCACCAAGAUAAAAAGGCAAAGGGAAUGAAGGGUACCAGAAAGGCAAAAUUGCUUUGCGGCCUUUGGAAAUUACUUAAGAGUUAUUUAUUAUAAAAGUUCAUCGCUUUUCUGCUGUCCUUUCUCUGAAAAUGAAAUAAAAUGAAACUGAAUUGAA